GACAAAACAUUUGUCAAUUUCCAGUUGAUGUCCAUGAAUGCAAACACCAUGAUUUUCAUGAUCCUGGGGGCCUCUAUCGUUAUGAGUUGACCAGAUGCCUUGGUUAUGGGCUCUUACAGGCAAUAGCUUGCUUGAUGGACAUGAAUGCGCUGUUGGACCGGUUUCACAAUUACAUCUUACCGCAUUUAAGAGGAGAAGAUCGAGUUUGCCACUGCAACUGUGGAAGGCAUCAUGUACAUUAUGUUAUUCCAUACGACGGAGACCAGUCGGUGGUGGAUUCCUCGGAGAAUUACUUUGUGACUGACAAUGUCACCAAGCAGGAGAUUGAUCUGAUGUUGGGACUUUUGCUGGGCUUUUGUAUAAGCUGGUUUCUGGUGUGGAUGGAUGGAGUUCUCCAUUAUGCUGUGCGAGCCUGGAGAACCAGCCGACGGUACGACAAUUCUUGGUCUUGGAUUCCGAAAUUUUGUAACUUGAAGGAGUUCAGGAAACGUCAGCACAGGCAGUACGAGGAGGCCACGGGGAACAUGGUGCACAUCAAACAGAAGCUGUAUCAUAACGGACAUCCCAGCCCCCGACACCUCUGAGAAAUGCCUUCCCCUCCAGAGACUGCAAAGCGAUUUUAGAACUGGGCUUUUAGGGGAACGCCUGUGAGUUCGCUCCUCUAUGGAAGAGAGUGGAGGACGCCAUUUUAUUUAUCUAGGCGGGGUGAUUCUGAGGCACACCGCGAAUGCACAACUAAGCCAGUUCUGGCUGCAAGGCAGCCAAGACAUUGCACUGUGUUCGUUUUAUUGUUGGACUUCUGUAUAUAUGUUUAAAAAAAAGGGCGGAGGGGGGAAAGAUUUGCAUUAUACUUCCAAAUCCCCCUCCCCACUGUUUGAAAUUCUCCUGCACCGUCAGUGCACCUCUUUUGGGAUCUGCUCUCCGAAGAGGUUAACGAUGCUCAGGCGAGAGCUAGAAGCCUUUCAACUUGGUUUGCUCCAUGAUGUUUCCUUUCUGAGGCUGACUCAUGCCGCCGCAGGUUUGGAGGGGGGCUCGUGCUGGUGCGUUUCCAAGGUGCAGUGUCCCUUUUCGUUAGUUAUUUUUUGCGGUCAAUGAAGUUCUAGAAAUACACAAAUGAUUCGUUCUUCCUCUUGGUCUACAGCAAAACCUGCCUUAAGCAAAGGCCCCCUAGGAAGCUGCAAAACCAACCAAUGGGAUUUUAGCAUUUUAAGAGGGCUGCUCCUGCUCCAUCUCACACCAGUUUUAUGUUGGUGUCACUCCAUUGACUUCACUGCGUAUUUACACCACCAUGAGAGGAGAACUGGAGCCAGAGACUUCGAUGGGGUUGCUCCGGGGGCGAGAGAGGAGAAUAAAACUCACUGAGAUAAGUGGAGUUGUUUACACUGGUGUACGGCAGAUGUAAGGGGAAAAAUCAGGCCCACCAUUUGCUAUAUAAAUGUUAAGUCAUUCACCACCCCCCUGGGAGGAAGUGAAGUAUCACCCCCAUGUUACAGACGGGGAAACUGAGGCACAGAGAAGGGCGGUGCCAGUGAGUCGGUGGGAGUAGGCCCUGGAGACUCCCCUCCCCUAGCCCCAAGCUCUCGAGCAGUUGCCUCGCUCUUUGCAUUAGUUCUCUGAGGGGCUGUUAGUGGAGGUGAAUAGAUUUGAAGCUAAACCCCAGCUCCAAGCCCCCCACUGCCGGAUGGGUUCAACCAGAGCCUCGGAUCACAGCCUGCACCAGGAGGUGGGGAACUUAGCAUCUGAUCGGACUCAGGCCUAGCUUUAGGCUUAAGUGCAGGUUUCAGCGUAGCGAUUGAGGGUUGUAAAAACGCAUUCACGUCCAGAGAAUGCCCUUAACAUGCUGGUAGUGCUGCCUGAGCUAAGGUUACGUGACAGUAGCCCCUGUGCAUCGAUACAUUUCCUGCAGGGGACACUGGGAGCACUGUAGCAAACUCAGUCAGUUGGGCACGGAUGGUUCCACUGAUUUUUCAAUGGGACUAUUCGCAGAACAAGCUUCUAACUCAGUGUGAGUAAGGGGCGAGGGGCCGGCACCAAGAACUGAAGGGUGAGUCCUCGUUUCUACUGAGGUCCUAUUGUAUUACUUAGUGGGCUUGAGUUUAAAGGGCAGGGGGAAAACAUGUAGGAAAAAUGCAUGUCCCUUCUAUGAAUUCUUGGAUUCUGUAUGAACCUGCGUAGGUUUCGAUUGCAAUGUCUGGGUGUGGGAGGGGAACCCAACACCCCUUCCCCCCCACCCCCCCAAAAAAACAACCCUUUGUAUUAUUUUUAAUUGGCUUCCUCUGUCUGGGACCAGUUUAAUUCAGAAAACAAAACACAGACCCAUGUUUUCUAUAGCUUAGAUAGUUCAUAGCACAUCUGGCCUUUUAGUCACACCUGGUUGGAAAAUACGUGGCCAGCUGAUCCACCUCGGUGCUUUGUUCCGCUGCUUGCGCGUUUGUCAUUCAAGGCUGUAGGCACUUGGAAAGGGGUGGUUGGGAGCAGCUCCUUUCCAAGGCAAAGGGCAGUACAGCCGGGCUGGGUGAAAUGAGCCUUGUGAAUUGGGCCUUUAUGGGCUAAAUCCUCUGCUGCUGUAAACUGGCAUUGACUUCAAUGAGCUCUACGGCUUGACUGCAGCUCAGGCGCUGGCCCCUUGCCGUCAGUGGAGACUGGCUACCAAGCUGUCUUGGAUGGUUUAGACACAACAAAUCCUGCAUCUGGACAGAGGGUUAGACCAGCUGACCCUGGCGGGACUUUCUAACCCUGUGAUUCCAUGAUGCCAAUUUACACAACCCGAGGAUCUGCCUUUCAUUUUUGGUAAGGUAGAGAACAGCCCCGUGGAAGGAAAUGAGCUUUAACUCCGCCUUCGACAUGGUGCCCGCCACCGUAGCGAGCGGAAAAACGGUGAUCCCAGGCCAGGCUGUAUUAGAACGGUAGCGCUGCUCUGCACAUUGAUUUGCGUUGCUGUUUACUCGAGACUCAACUUCCAGUGCCCAGGGAUGGCUCAUGCUGCUCCAGCCAGGGGAGAGUUUCAGGACAGGCCCUGCCUCUCGCGCAGAGGAAGCGAAAUCCUCCACCACGCACGGGCCCAUUUUCCUUCCGGCCUCUCUUCCAUACACAGACUAUUUAGUUCCCCCCUCCGUGAGCAAUGGCAGGCUGGGGGAGUGAGGCCCAAACCUGGCUAAGCCCCACGCCGUGGAAAAGAGCACAUCCUCAUAGCACAGGGUCUGACCGCCCCCAGGCCACUGCAGGCAGUGGCAAUACGCAGUGAAUUUAAUGCACUUUGCUACAAAGCAUAUUCAGCCAAAAGCAGCCGGACCAUAGGCACCUCUAUGCAAAAAGGCCGGUGCACCCCUUAUGCCCGGAGGCUGCUGGGGGCAGUCUCAGCACAGUGAAUUCAUGCCCUCCAGGGCCAUUCUUAUGUAUGUUACACCCGCAUGACUUUGUUGGCCUGAUUCUCUUCUCCCGGUGGUUUCAGAGGGGUGGGCGGCUCCAUGAACGUCACUAGAGCUACUCCAGAUUUACCCCAGUGUAUCAGAGGUCGGAAUAGGGCCCACUCCCAGGAGGGGAAACCGUGUGCAAUAGCUGGGCAAUUGGUGAAUACUGCGGCCUAGGAACCGAAUGGUGACAUUCACGCCUGCAGAGCGGCAGCACCCAGCCUAGCCUCCGAGUUUACAGGCACUCAUGGCCGUGCCGGACUUUUUCCGCCUAGGAAGCACUCACAGGCAGUUACAGAGAAGCAUUAGGUAAAAGAGUGCUGGUUCUUUGGUGGGAUUUUUGUUUUUAAGAGCCCCCCAGUAUCACCCCUAUGAGCGUUAACGGGGUGUGAAUUCCAAAGCGUUUUGAUGGCGCAGGCUCGAGGCCCACCCCAUCACCAGCGCUGGGCUUCCCUGGCCUU